CAGAAACAGUGACAUUAAAGUUCCUCUAGGACAGACCUGGGCAUUGUACGGCCCGCGAGACAUCCCCAACCGGCCCGCACGAGAACCGACUCUACAGGACUCUGCUGUGUGUCCAGGAUUACUGACCUCUCUAUUCAUACUCUACUAACAUUUAAAGAUGGAGAUCCCACAUUUAAAAAAGCGGUCUGAUUCUGCAUCUGCUGGAACUGAACUCCAGAAAAACUUGAAACUGCAUUUAUUACAGAAGUUUCAGUGUUUGAAUGAUGUGAUAUCAAACCACAAAAACCCAACAUUACUGAAUGAGAUCUACACAGAACUCUACAUCACAGAGGGAGACACUGGAGACGUCAAUAAUGAACAUGAGGUGAGACAGAUCGAGGCAGCAUCCAGGAGAUCAAUAACAAAGGAAACACCAAUCAACUGUAACGACAUCUUUAAACCUUUAUCUGAAGAAGACAAACCCAUCAGAACUGUACUGACAAAGGGAGUCGCUGGUAUUGGAAAAACUGUCUCUGUACAGAAGUUCAUUCUGGACUGGGCUGAAGGAAAAACAAACCAGGAUCUUCACUUUAUAUUUCCACUUCCUUUCAGAGAGCUGAAUUUAAUGAAGGACCAAAAACUGAGUCUGAUGGAUCUUCUCAGCUUCAGUUUUAAGGAGAUGAAAGAAACUGAAAUGUCCAGCUUGCAGAAAGUUCUGUUUAUUUUUGAUGGUUUGGAUGAGUGUCGUUUCUCUCUAGAUUUUCUGAACACAGACAGAUUGUGUGAUGUAACUGAAUCAGCAUCAGUGAAUGUGCUGCUGAUGAACCUGAUUAAUGGGAAUCUGCUUCCAUCUGCUCUCAUCUGGAUAACCUCCCGACCCGGAGCUGCUGAUCAGAUCCCCUCUGAGUGUGUAGAUCGAGUGACGGAGGUACGAGGGUUCAAUAACCCACAGAAGCAGGAGUACGAUGAAUUUGUUCUGAAGAAAUAUUGCACAGAAAGAAACUAGAAUCAGGUUAUUCUGAAUCUCCUUCCUGUAGUUGCAGCCUCCAGAAAAGCUGAGUUGAGGGAUUGUGGUGUAUCAGAUGAAGGUUGUUCUGCUCUGGCUUCAGCUCUGAGGUCAAACCCCUCACACCUGAGAGAUCUG